GCUUAUGUUUUAGGAAACAUUAGGCAGUAAAGGUAAAUGAAAUACAUGGCUGAAGGUAAUGACGAGGUAAAGAAGGACGAAAUCUAGGAAGACAAGAUGCAUAUUGUAUGCGUGGGAGAUGUAAACUCUGUGUGUAUCCAACAAUUACGCGUUUGCAGUCACAGCUGAAGGUUGUUUUAACCCUCUUCUUGAGUCUUAAAUCGAGUGCUUUUCAAAAACCUGUCCUCGAACCACUCGAUAAAACUAAGCCGCUAACAGACAAAAUAAACAGUAUGGCAGGGCUUACGGGGACACUAUUUUUAGGACGCCAAACCUAUUUUAAUUUUGCGUCCGUAAAAAGGUCUGGAAACAAGCGGGUAAAACGUGUGCUACAAUAAAACUGCGCUACAUUUUCAGUCUACAUGGCGAUACGUUGCAGCGCAUCACUGCUGAGGCGUAAAGCAAUACUGUUACGUCACAAGAGGGGACAUGGUGCAGUUAGGUAUCCAAAGCUAUGUUUGUGUGUUUGUUUUUGCCGUCAUAGCAUGUCAAGAUCCUUUAGGAAUGGAAGCUCACGAACUAUGGGACGACGAAAUAACUGCCAGCGAUUGGAAAAGUGAAUACAACGCGUACAAAGCUCGUCUUAAUAACGGCGCUGGAUGGUUGGUUUACACCGAUUUUUCAAUGGCUCAUUUUAUCCAAGUGACGCUAGGAUCUGGUGACUUCACGCUAACUGGAGUCGCUACACAGGGAAUAUACGGCUACCUGGUCAAAAUGUUUACUCUUUCAUACAGUAUGGACGGUAUAGACUGGGUCGAGUAUCGAGAGGAUGGACAGGUCAAAAUAUUUGAAGGAAACAAUCCGUCAACAGAGACAGUACAGCAUGAAUUAGAAAAAGAGAUCAUCCCUGCCUACGUCAGGUUAAAUGUAAAAAACUCCACGUAUGGAUAUGCGGGCUUGAGGUUGGAGUUUUAUGGAUGCAAACGUUUCGAUGUCAGCGUUGAAAACGACGCUCUCAGACGCCCGACGUCUCAGUCUGGAAAUCUAACGGAUAAUUCAGGCCUGGCUGUCGAUGGCAACAGAGCAUCUGACUACUCGCUCGGCUCAUGUUCUUUCACAGGGGACACUGAGGUACCCUGGUGGUUAGUCGACUUGCGAUCAACAAAAACCGUGACUGGCGUAUUUGUAGCGAAUCGUGGGGACGAAAACUAUCGAAAUGUCACAGAACUGUCAAUUAGAAUCGGCUUCACCAGUGUCAACGGAGGAAUUGGAAACCCAACUUGUGGAGGGCUGUCGCAUGUUUUCCAUCAAGGGGCGGCUAGAAUGGUUCCUUGUGUACCGGAAGUAGAGGGGAGAUUUGUAACCAUAUUUGUGCUGAAAGUCAAUUCAUCGCUAAGCUUAUGCGAGGUGGAAGUUGAAGUCAGCGAUAUAGUGAGUUAUGAAGGUCUUGGAAUGUACACUGAGCAUAUCCCGGAUGAGUGCAUCACAGCCUCGUCUUGGUUCAGCUCCAAACAUUUGCCUUAUUACGGGAGACUGGAUACGAACAUCGGGCAUGGGGCUUGGUGCGCUGCAGCGAAUGACGUAAAUCCGUACUUGGAAAUUGAUCUUGAAAUGGAGCACUCGAUCAGCGGUAUCAUCACACAGGGUAAAUACCGCUUAUCUUCGGACCAGCUUGGAGACGCUUGGGUAACAGUGUUCUCUCUGUCUUACGCUAUAACCAGAGAACAGUGGGCUCAUGUCACAGAUGUCAAAACUAAACAACCUAUUGUGAGUAUAAGUAACCUAUUGUGGGUGCAAAUAUUAUUUUUGCAACAACUGCAUCUUUGGUUGUAACUAUAUCAAGAACUCACAAGCAUAGUCGAGCAUUCCAGGGUGCAAGCAUCUAUAUCGGGGUUAGGAUUCAAAGUAUGGCCGGGUCAUGUGAACUAACAUUAUAGUAUCUGAGUGCCUCUCUCCCCACAAGUGUAUAAAUGAGAAGUAAAGAAUUGUUGGGGCGACCUAAUUAGCUUUGGGGUUGCCUGGAAUGGACUAGUAAUAUUCCUACUUUCGAAGAAUGCUAGUUGGUUUAUGUCACAGGAAAGGCCUGGCGAUCAGUUUGGCCCGAUUGCUCCGUACUUGCCGGCGCUCAAGUUGGAGCGGUGCGACUCCCAAGGCUCCUUCCUUUUCCUCGCGUGUCUCCAGUCGCGCGCGUCUCCUCGCUCUUGCGUAUUACUCCAGCGAGCACCUGCCACGCAUGUUAAAGUGUCUUUUUCUUAGUCAACUCAACAUCCAAGCCAACAUUCGGAACUUUUUAAUUCAGUCUCUCACUUUUAGUUUUUGAAAAUUAAGGCUCCACGUUUUGUGAUUUAGGGGCCCCUUUUUUGCAUUUCGCAUUAUGACUUGUCUAAUUUAGAGCGCUGCGAAUCCUCUUCACCCCUAGAAUCUAACUGAAUGCAAAAUAAUUUUACUUUGCUGUGUGUAGCUUUUCAUCUCCUAGGCUAACGCUGAGAAGGAACAUUUUGAGCUGCAAAGUUGAUUAUCACAUUUCAAGAUCUUCCAAUUGCAUGUCUUUACUGUUAACAUAACAUUGUUUGAUAUAUCAUUUUAGGAAUUUCUCGGAAACGAUGCUACAACCUUGAAAAAGAAAAUCACGCUGUCUGGUUUCACUGCCCGCCUCGUGCGCUUUUACCCUAAGGAGUGGAAAAACUUGCCUUGUCUCCGAGCCGAGAUAAUUGGAUCUAAAGGU